AUAGUGGUGAGCUUUACACCACUGUAUUGGACACUUUGCAUUGUAUUUGGUAAUGUAAGACUUGGAUGGAGCUGCUCAGCCAUGGAAACUCCAUUAAGAGUUCUUGAGCUUGCUAAAAGAGUUCUUGAGCUUGCCUUAGCAUCCACUGACCCAGCUUGAUCAUUUUAUGUAGACCACUUUUUGUGGCUGAUCCGCUGUCAUUCCUAAUUGAUACCACUUGGAAUAUUUAGUAGUGAGGAAAUUUCACAAUUGGACUUGUUGUACAGGUAGCAGAGUACUAUCCCAGUACAGCACUGGAAUUUACUAAGCUCCUAAGAGCAACCCAUUCUUUCACUAUUGUUUGUAUAAGCAGUCUGCAUGUCUAGGUGCUUAAUUUUAUACAGCUGGGGCCAUUAAAGUGAUUGUAACCAGAAUUCAAUUAUUUAGAUGGGUGAGUGAACACUUUUGACAAUAUAGUGUAUUUAUUCUACUGUGCAAUAACAAAACGUUUAAAGCAUGUAAUUUUCAAUCAUUUUACCGCAUUGGUCAUCCUAUACAAAUAAUGCUAAUCUUGACAAAAGUAGCUCUACAACUGUCUAAUAUUUUAUAUUAUUUACUGAUGCAGCAGUCAGGUAAUUGCCAGCAGGCAGAUGCCUUCGAGCCAAGAGGAGCCAACUAAAUUUCUGGACAUGGUGAAUAAAAGACUUCUGUUUUGCAGAGUAAAGUUUUGAAUGACAUUUGUUAUUGUUACGGAUUAGUUGAUUGCUUUGUCUUAACAUUACACUGUUUCAUAUAAUCUUUAUCAGUGCACCUACUUAUCAAACCUAUUUUGUAUUUAUUUCAGCAGAAGAGUGGGAGAAGAGUGAGGUGCCUUUUACCUGCCAAGGUCAUGAUGCUAAGGACUAAGCCCCUCACUACUCCUGAAUAAUGAGCCUUCUCUUCAAGGACUUCAUGUUGCAUCUUGUUUGGCAGCAUGAACCACACCUGCGAACCACAGGCAUCCAACAAGACUGCAGAUCCACUGGGAGGCCAUCCGAUUUGGGAGGUGGUUUUAAUAGUGCUUGUGACCGGCCCCCUCUCCUUCAUUACCAUCCUGGGUAACCUCUUGGUGGUCAUCUCCUUCCGGGUGAACAGUCAACUGAGAACCAUCAGCAACUACUAUCUACUGAGUCUGGCUGUCGCUGACCUGAUCUUGGGCACAGUGUCGAUGAACCUCUACACUGCUUAUAUCAUAAAGGGCCAAUGGAUGUUGGGACAUUUAGCGUGUGAUCUGUGGUUAGCGCUGGACUACGUCGCUAGCAAUGCUUCCGUUAUGAACCUUUUGGUCAUCAGCUUCGACCGGUACUUUUCUGUAACAAGGCCACUUACGUAUCGAGCCAAGCGGACGCCUAAACGGGCAGCGGUGUUGAUUACGCUGGCGUGGGUGGUGUCGUUCGCACUGUGGGCUCCUGCAAUCUUGCUUUGGCCACAUGUGGAUGGGAAACAACCAGGUGAGGAGGACGAGGAGGUCAAAGACUGCUCCAUUCCCUUCCUGGCAGUGCCCCCUCUGACCUUUGGGACAGCCAUUGCUGCUUUCUACCUCCCUGUUAGCAUCAUGAUCAUUCUAUACUGGCGGAUUUACUGGGAGAUUGAGAACAGAGCCAAAGGACUUGCCAAGUUUGUGGGAUCUGUUAGCAGCAGUGCGGGAAACUCCAUCAAGGAGGACAAGCGGCCAAGUCACCAAAAUAGUGCCCAAAGCAGUCUCAACAGCUCCAUGGAGAGACAUUCUGAGAAACAUCAAGGGGUCACCAGAAAAACGUCAGUCGGGUGCUUUCCUGGGCGACAAAAGCAGCUGCCUCUGGUAACAGCGGAUGCGUCCAUGUUGCCACCACCAGGAGGGGUCGAUUACAAAGAGACUUGCAGCAGCAGUCUCUGGAACAUUGACGACGAGGAUGAUGAUGGCCCAACCUCUUCAUCUACCGAGGAAGAGCAUGAGCAAGACCUUAAAGGAAUGGCGUCUUCUGCAUCAAACCCUGCAGUGAUCAAGUUGAAGGAUCGGCAAGGUAGAUCAGAGGACCAGCAGGAGAUUCCAGCUCUAGCUGGGCAAGCCUUCAGUCAUCCUCCGCUGAGGAAAGCCAGACCGCUGGACCUCAGCCUCAGCAAGCAGCCCAAAACCAAAAGGCGAAUAAACAUGAUCAUCCGAGAAAAGAAAGCGGCACGGACACUCAGUGCCAUCCUGUUGGCUUUCAUCUUGACUUGGACACCCUACAACAUCAUGGUCUUGGCCUCUCUUUCAUACUGUGUCCCUGAGAAGCUGUGGCAGCUGGGAUAUUGGCUGUGCUACGUCAACAGCACGGUCAACCCCAUGUGCUACGCUUUGUGCAACGAGUCCUUCCGAGCCACCUUUAAAACUCUGCUCCUUUGUCGCAAAGGAGAAGCCAAAAUGUGGGAAACGGGCCGCAGAAGUCGCCAUGCCUCCGUGAGGCAGAAUAAGUCAUGUAGCACAGUGUAACGUACUUACUUAUAAUGUGCACAUCACAUAAUGCAACGUACUAACCUUUUUGUACAAUACUGGAUAAAAAAAAUCAAUGUAGAAAGCAAGGAUUUACUAUGAACAGCUGGGGUGUUACACCUCAUGUUAAUUUGAAAGGGCUUCAAAACUAAGUGGAUACAAAUAUAAAUAAAAGUUCUUCUUUUACUAUUAAUUUAUGGUGGCUUAUUCUAGCCUGCAAAGUUUGUAUGCCAUUAAUUCCCAGCUUUAGCAUAACAUGCCAAGAGACUGGGAAUAACUUUCUUGUUUUGACUGUUUGCCAACUAUAAAUGACAAGGAACGUUUGUAUGCUUUGUCGGUUUCCUGAAGCACUGCGAUGUUACA